AAAGCCCGAGUGGAAUUUAUAUACUUGCGCCGUAUUGAUUUUCAAUUGAAGCCUGCAUUGUUGUCUGCAUAUUAUCCUCAAGAUUCUUCUUUUGAUUUAAUUAUCUGAAGUUUUGAGAUCUUAUUUCGACGAUAAUGGCUUCUACGACUCGUUACGAUGAAGCAGAUUUAGAGGUUUUUGACUAUGUUAUCAUAGGUGGUGGAACAGCAGGACUUACGCUUGCUGCACGUUUGACAGAAGACUCUGCUGUUCAAGUUGCCGUUCUUGAAGCUGGCGAGAAGAGAUUUGAUGAUCCACAUAUAAACAUACCAGGUCUCAUGAACACUCUUUACAGCGACGAAAAUUAUGACUGGAACUUCAAAACCACUCCUCAGCCAGGCCUCAAUGGCCGCACCUUAGCCUGGCCACGAGGCAAAGUCCUCGGAGGUUCAUCAGCUAUUAACUUCAUGAUGGUGGCGCACCCCAGCCGAGUCGAUCUCGACAACUGGGAGAAGCUCGGAAAUCCAGGCUGGAACUUCGACACACUUCAACCAUACUACCGCAAAGCAGAGACAAUGAACUUUCCGAGUGAUGCUACAGCAGAAGCAUUGGGCACGGCAAUCAUGGAUCUGGUGCUACAUGGAGCUUCUGGUCCUGUGCAAACCAGCUUUACGGAAUCUCCAGGUGAGCUUGACAAAGCGUGGGGACGAACGUUCAAGACUUUGGGGCUUGGACCGGGGAGUGAUCCUAGAGCUGGGCAUACGCUCGGUGGUUAUAGCUUGCUCAAGUUUAUGGAUAAGUCUGCUAGGAGGAGUCAUGCUGGGGUUGCUUUCUAUGAGCCAAACGCUGCGAGAGAAAACUUGACUGUCUUGACUGGUGCCUUUGUCCAGAAGAUAGAAUUUGAUACCGUCCAGGAUGUCGUUACGGCUACUGGUGUGAGGUAUACGAUUGAAGGUAAAGAGCAUGUUAUUCGUACCAGGGGAGAAGUUAUCUUGGCAGCUGGGACUGUGCAGAGCCCACAAAUCCUUGAACUCUCUGGCAUCGGCGACAAGAAAAGGUUGGAAAAUCUAGGCAUCGUUUCUGUGCUAGAUAAUUCUAAUGUUGGAGAGAACUUGCAAGACCAUACACUCGCUGGAAUAGGCUAUGAAGCUAUCGAUGGUGUACCUACAGCUGAAAUGAUCAAACAACCAGGUGUACUCGACUGGGCAAUCAACGAAUGGGCAACAAAAGGCCUCGGUCCACUCUCAGCAGGCGUCACCGGAACGGCGUUCCUUUCCCACGACUCUCUUCUCUCCUCAGAAGAGAAAUUAUCUCUCGAGUCUCGCCUUGAAGAAAUUCUCUCCGCAACCCCCCAACCCACAUCACCAGGCCUCAAGAAACAACUCGAUUUACAAAAGAAAACACUCUUGAACAACAAAGAAGCAGACCUUCAAUUCAACUUCGGAGCCACCGGUAUCAACCCCUUAGCAGGAAACGAUAUUUCCCAACUCUUCAACCACAACGACGCUGGUGGAUACGCCGGUAUCGUUCCUGCUCUCACACACGCAUUUUCCCGCGGUUCAAUCCACAUCCAAAGCCCCGAUCCAAGCAUCCACCCUAUCAUCGACCCAAAAUACCUCUCCCACCCCAUCGACGUCGAACUCAUGAUCUCCGGUCUCUUAUUCACACAAAAGCUCUCCGAAACCGCUCCCCUCUCCACCCUGCUAAAAGACAACCCUCUCGGCACCGGGAAGAUCAUCCAGCCCUCGUUCCACGUCGAGGGCCGUUUGACGAGAGAGAAAGCAGAGGAGAUAGUGAGGAGCAGUAUGAUCACGAGUUUUCAUCCCGUGGGAACGUGCUCGAUGUUGCCGAGGGAGGAGGGUGGGGUGGUGGAUGAUAGGUUGAGGGUGUAUGGAGUCAAGAGAUUGAGGAUCGUGGAUGCGAGUGUGGUGCCGUUGAUUGUUAGAGGGAAUAUUGCGAGUACUGUUUAUGCCAGUGCAGAGAGGGCUGCGGAUAUUAUUAAGGAGGAUAGGAAGGCUGUUUAAUAGCAAGGGGAUGAAGUUUGAGUUUCGUAAAGAUAUUUGUUAUAUUGCCCUUGAGAAUUCUUUCUCGUCUCUCGCUUUCUAACGCUGUUGACGAGCUGUGGUUUAGAUAGGUGCAGGUAUGUUGGUACCUUUGACUUCUGCCCGAGGAUGAUGUCCUCUCAGCCGGAGAAAAAAGUUACCGUUUUUGACACGCGAGAACAUCAAAAUUCAAUGUCUUAAAUAUUUUUAAUCUCAACAACAC